CGGGCGACGGACUGCGGCCUCCGGAAAGUGCCCGCGCUGGUCUCACUGCCGUUUCCUCCCCUAGGAGCAUCUUCCAGAGACAAGAUGGUGAAAGUCGGAAUCAACGGGUUUGGCCGUAUCGGCCGCCUGGUCACCAGAGCUGCCUUCACCAGUGGCAAAGUUGAGGUUGUGGCCAUCAAUGACCCCUUCAUUGACCUCAACUACAUGGUUUACAUGUUCAAGUAUGACUCCACACAUGGUCGCUUUCAUGGCACUGUCAAGGCUGAGAAUGGAAAACUUGUGAUUAACGGGCAUGCAAUCACCAUCUUCCAGGAGCGUGACCCCAGCAACAUCAAGUGGGGAGAAGCUGGAGCAGAAUAUGUUGUAGAGUCCACUGGAGUCUUCACUACCACAGAGAAGGCCAGUGCUCACCUGAAGGGUGGUGCAAAGCGUGUGAUCAUCUCUGCCCCCUCAGCUGAUGCACCCAUGUUUGUGAUUGGUGUCAACCAUGAGAAGUAUGACAAGUCUCUGAAAAUUGUCAGCAAUGCCUCCUGCACCACCAACUGCCUGGCCCCCCUAGCCAAGGUCAUUAAUGACAACUUUGGCAUUGUGGAAGGUCUCAUGACCACAGUCCAUGCUGUCACAGCCACACAGAAGACUGUGGAUGGCCCCUCUGGGAAGAUGUGGCGGGAUGGCAGAGGUGCUGCCCAAAACAUCAUUCCAGCAUCCACUGGGGCUGCCAAGGCUGUGGGAAAAGUCAUUCCUGAGCUCAAUGGGAAGCUUACUGGAAUGGCAUUCCGUGUCCCAACACCCAAUGUCUCUGUUGUAGACCUGACCUGUCGCCUGGAGAAAGCAGCCAAGUAUGAUGAUAUUAAGAAGGUUGUGAAGACUGCCUCUGAGGGCCCCUUGAAGGGCAUCCUGGGAUACACAGAGGACCAGGUUGUCUCCUGUGAUUUCAACAGUGACACCCACUCAUCCAUCUUUGAUGCAGGUGCUGGCAUCGCUCUCAAUGAUCACUUUGUCAAGCUGGUCUCCUGGUAUGACAAUGAAUUUGGGUACAGCAACCGUGUGGUGGACUUGAUGGUUCAUAUGGCUUCCAAGGAGUGAACCAGGCAAAUGGCUCAGCUGCUGCCCGGGGAGGGAGGGGGAGGCUAGAGUCUCUCCUGUCGGAUACUACCGCCCUCCUAUCACCACUCAGUUCUGCAGCCUGCAGUGAGAGGCCAGUGCUGUUUCACCUGCCUUCUCCACUCCCCCACAUGCCUCAAGCUUGGGGGAGGUGAGGAGGUGGCUGGGAACUGACCUGUUUCUAUUCUAUCUUUCCUCUAAUAAAAUAAUUGCUGUC